AUGACUCUCGAAGCCCCUCUUCCUCAAGGCGCAGGAUAUGCCGUUGUCGUUGGACUCGGUUUUGUCUUUUCUCUUGGAAUGAUUAUGACCACUUUUGUCCUUCGCAGAUAUCAAAAGGAAAUCAUUACUGCUGAAGAGUUUGUGGCCGCCGGACGGUCCGUUAAAACUGGUCUGAUUGCCGCAGCUGUCGUCAGUUCCUGGACUUGGGCUGCCACUUUGCUUCAAUCCUCUACUCAGGUCUACAAGAACGGUGUUUCUGGAGCCCACACGUACCUGGAAAUUGUCAAGGCGAGAUACGGAACUGCCGCCCACGCGGUCUAUAUGUUCUUUGCCAUUGCUACAAAUAUCCUGGUGACUGCCAUGCUUCUGACUGGUGGCUCUGCCGUCAUCAGCGACUUGACCGGCAUGAACACAGUUGCCGCCUGCUUCCUUUUGCCCAUUGGUGUCGUGGUCUACACUCUGUUUGGUGGUAUCAAGGCCACCUUCUUGACCGACUACGCUCACACAAUUGCCAUCAUUGUCAUCAUCCUGACUUUUGCGUUUACCACCUAUGUUUCUGGUGACGUGCUGGGAUCCACGAGCAAGGUCUACGACCUGGUCAUGGAGGCAGCCAAGGAGAAGCCUAUCAAAGGGAAUGCGCACGGAUCGUACUUUACCAUGAACUCCCGUUCCGGAGGUAUUUUCUUCGUGAUCAACAUCGUCGGAAACUUCGGUACCGUCUUCCUUGAUAACGGCUACUGGAACAAGGCUAUUGCUUCCAGUCCAGCAGCCGCCCUGCCUGGCUACAUCUUUGGUGGUCUUGCCUGGUUUGCCGUUCCUUGGCUUGUGUCCACUAGCAUGGGAUUGGCCUGUGUCGCUCUGGAGAAGACUCCAGCUUUUCCUUCGUAUCCAAACCCUCUCACUGCCGAUGAGGUUUCCGCCGGACUCGUUUUACCAAGUGCAGCCGUCGCCAUGAUGGGAAAAGGUGGAGCUGUCGCUGCAUUGAUCAUGGUUUUCAUGGCCGUCACCUCUGCCUCGUCUGCUGAGUUUAUUGCUGUCUCUUCCAUUUUCUCUUACGAUAUCUACAAGGGCUAUAUCAACCCUCAGGCUUCAGGAAAAACUCUGAUCCUUACCUCUCACGCAUCUGUGAUUGUGUUCUCGCUGGUGAUGUCUGGCUUUGCUACAGGUCUGUAUUACGCUGGAAUUUCCAUGGGAUACCUGUACGAGCUCAUGGGCAUCAUCAUUUCCUCCGCUGUUUUUCCUGCCACUUUGACCCUGCUUUCUAGAAAGCAGAACGUCCAGGCUGUGGUGUGGUCUCCUAUUCUCGGAACCGCGUUUGCCAUUAUGAGUUGGUUGGUGUGCACCAAGAAGAAGUUCGGAAGCAUCACGGUCGAUACCACCUUUGAGGACGACGCCAUGCUGACCGGUAACGUUGUUGCCUUGCUGUCACCGCUCAUCUUUGUGCCCAUCUUGACGUUUGCUUUCGGCCCCCAGAACUUCGACUGGGAGAUCCUGAAAACUAUCAAAAGAGUCGACGAGACAGAGGAGAUCAUUGAAGCCACCGAGCCAGUGACCGACACUGAGUUCCAGCCGGUCAAGUCUCACGUGACGGCUGUUGCUCACGACAUUUACGAGCAGAGGAAGGCGACCGCUGCUGCCGAGGAGGAAGAGCUGCUUAGAAAGGCUUCCAAGAUUGCCGGGUUCACGUGUCUCUUCAUGGCCAUCUCGCUGCUUGUGCUGUGGCCAAUGCCAAUGUACGGCAGCAAGUACAUUUUCUCCAAGAAGUUCUUCACCGGAUGGGUUACCGUCGGUAUCAUCUGGCUGUUCAUCUCUGCCUUCAUUGUCAUCAUCUACCCGCUUUGGGAAGGUAGACACGGAAUCUACGUUUCUAUGAGAGGAAUCUAUUGGGAUCUCAGUGGACAAACCUGGAAACUUAGAGAAUGGCAAAACGAACAUCCAGAGGAGCUGCAUGUCGUUCAAAGUCAAGUGUCUGCUGAGAUAGCCCACGAAAGGGCAGAGGUCAUUGACCGUGCCAUUGAAAAGUUUGUUGAGAAAGAAUAA